AUGGGAAGAACCCCUGUGGCUGAGGCUCUAAACAGAUUUAGGGCAGUCUCCCACUCGCGUUCCAAUCACAGACCACGACUGUGCUUCAUCUCCUUGGAGGGCCCCCGGACGGGGCGGGGCGCGUUGGGGACGGGCAGAGGGCGGUGGUGGCGCCUUCCUCCGGAGGCCAGGCCACCCCGCCUCCCUUCCCCAGCCCUCCUAGGUGCCACCUUCCCCCGGGCAGUUUUCAUUCCGCUCGCUCACCCCGUCCCGUCAGUGCAGCGCCCCCGCACUGCGAUCUUGGGGGUCAUCUCUAGAAAGAACGCCAAAGCCCAGCCCGGAGUGCUCUCCAUACGCCCAUCCGCCUCCACCCUGGGCACCUCGCAGGGCUCCCCUUCCCCGAGCCGGCCAGAAACCCUCGGUCUCCGGGCUCGCGGGGGAUCUGUCCGUCCCCCGGGGGUCCCCUGCCCGGUCCCGAUGUGUGACCGAUCCUCCCAGCGGCCUCCCCGCUCCCCCGCGGCCAGCGUGCUGGAGCACCCCCGCUUUCUCCGUCACCCACGCUCCCCAGCUCCGGCGGUCCCUUCGCGGCCCUCUCGAAGCCCCGCCCACACCAGGCCCCCCCGGACCCCUCCCUCCCCAGACGUCCCCCCCUCGGCGCCCCGCCCCUACCCCCGCUGGUCGACGCCCCUCCCAGCCACCCCGUCCUUUUGUCUCCUCUUUGGUCUCUGGGUUCCCCCGCCCCUCCCUCGCUCCCGCCCCUGCACCCCGCGAGCACGCUCUUAUCUAGCCCAGGUCGCAGCGCCCCGCCCCUGGCCGCGCCCCGCCGGCCCCCUUCUGGUCGCGGCCCCUUCGCCACCCUCGGCGCUCCGCCCCGCCGGCCCGCUCCACCUCCCGGUUCCGACUCGCUCCUCCCGCCGCCGUUCCCCGACCCACCCUUCCCGGGGCCGGCGGCUUGCGAUCCCGCGCCCCCCCAUACACACACCCCGCACCUCCUCCGCCCCGCCUCGCUCGCUCGCUCGCUCGCUCACUCGCUCACCCGGGCCCUGCAGCGGCCCGGGUGAGCCUUUGCACCCCGCGGCCGCCCGCCCAGCCCGGGAGCACGAAAGCGGCUCCGAUCGCUCCUACCGGGCUAGGCUCGCGGAAGGUGCCCCCGGGGCCGCCGUCGGAAGUGUUUUGGGGGACACGGGCCGGUGGCAGAGCCGCCCUCAGGCCUGGCUGGGUCGUUUUGCGGGGAGAUGCCGUAGCUGGAGUGAUCUGGAUGACUUUAUCGGGACGUUACCCAGCUCCCACCUCAAACCCCAAAAGCGCAGCUCUAGCGGGACGGGGGGCCGUGAGAGACGGUCCUGA